UAACCCAUAAAUUUCAAUUUCAAAAAUGAAUUUGGUCUGCACUCUCUGCUCUCACCUACGGCGGCAAUGAAGCCUUCAUCGUCCGAAUCAACCUCAGCCAACGGAUCGUCGGACAAAUCACUUUCAGCAUUUGAUUCAUCAUCCUCGCCAUCACUCGAAUCAUCGUCAUCAUCCUCGAAUCAGAUUAUGGGAAAACAACUAUAUCCAGUUGAGCUUGUGAAAUUCACCGCCCCACAAGCGAGACCCAUAAGAUGCGAUGGCAAGAAAUUUCCCAGACUUGGAAACUGCAAGGUUGUAAUCGACGGCCUCGUAAGGGGUCAAUCGCAUAAUUUUCUUGUCCUUAUCACCGAUUUCAACAACGGAUUGGUCUUCAUCGACGAAUUGGGCGUUGAAGUUGAUGGAGCAGUCGUCAGUGAGGCGAUCCUCAGUGGCGACAGUGAUGUGGUUUAGUUGGACGAAAAGACAUCGAAGACAUAGUUUGGCUUGUUGAUGGUGGAAAAGAUGAUGGUGCCUUUGGGAUCCAUUAGAACUGGGGUGAAAGCGUAUCUGUGUUAGUGUGACUACGUGUAGCCGGAGUAUUGGGGUUCAUGAAAAGAGAUUAAUGUUUAUCCUUUCCGGUGUGGAAAAAAUUAAACAGAAAAAAUAUUU